UGAUUCAAUCAUGUAAAUAGUGAUGUCACAUAAAUUUGACGCGAACAGUAACUCAUUUUUGGCUAUCUUGAAUGUAUGCAAAUGUAUAAAUGAAAAAAAAUCCCUAAAUUUGUUUGGUGAUUAAGUUUAUUUGAGUCGAUAAAAUGUUUGCAUUAUUAUGAGUGAAAUUCUAUUGUUAUUUUGAGUUUGUUUGGCAUCAGCAUGCAAUUGAAAAAUGAACUGAUAUUGAUUUAAUCGUAAGCGUAACGUACAAAUUACAAGUGAGCCUGUGUAAGUAAGCAUCAAGGUUUCGAAAUUUGCGUAAUAUGCACCAAAUCAAUAGUGAAAUCGCAAUGCAUUAGACAAUUUUAGUUGAGUUUAUUCAAAGAAGAAAAAAAACAUUCUCUGCUCGAAUUGUAUGUUGAUCAAAAUCAAAUGACGGAGGAUUUAGGUCGAACAGUUUAUUAUUGUUUUGUCAAGUGCCGAAUAAGUAUUUCCAUUAGCAUGCAUUUAAGCGUGUCGAUUUGCAUUUAAAAUCUUUCGUCGGAAACUUAAGAAACUAUUUGAACAAUUACCGCCAGACUGCAAUUUGAAAAACCUUUUCAAAACAUUGUUUAAGUGCUUUUGUUUUCAUCAGUGUCACGUUCGAACGAUUUGAGAUCAUUUCAUAAGCUCAAGUGACUUCACAUGUUAUUUAAUCGUUGUGCACUUUUAAUCGGUGAGCAUCUUCGUAAAUUCUAAAUCGUUUUUUUUUUUCGAUCUCAACUUUUCGUUGAAUUUCGCUUCGAAUGUAGAUCAAUGUGACGACUGACCAUAAAUAGACAAAUAAUGUAAACAAGAUUGUUAGGCGAUUAACAUACGUAUGGACGGUAGAAAAUCCAGUGGGUGGUCAAUGUGAGUCAAGUUCGUCGAAAAAUUCACAUCUCGUGUAGUCAUAUUUCCAGUGUAAACGAAAAAAAAAACAAUAAAAAAUGUAAAUACAUAAACAUAUGGUGGUUUAGAGUUUAAAAAGCAACCAAUACUAUAAAAGAAAUAGCCAUAAAAAAUAUAAAUAAAUAAACAAUGGGAAAUUCAUGUACCGCACCGGUAACAUGUGCCAAACGAUUUAGAAACUAUUGUUCGCGAUGUUUUUGUUGCGACUGUUGUGACCGACCCAAAUUUGGACGAAGUUUGGAUAACGAUACUGUCACAAUGAACCCGAUAUCAAUAGUGAAACCAAUUUCAAUCAUGAUGGCUCCGCUUGAUGAAACCGAUUCACUUUCAUCGUCGGACGCCUUAAGAGUACAUUCGUUAGAUUUGUGCAUUGAGAUAAAUGGUCGCGAACAUCAUACAGACAAAUAUGAUGCAAUGCAUCGCAGAUCAACGCUGAUCAUUCGCCGUGGACAACCGUUUCGAUUUAUAAUCAACUUUAAUCGACCGUUCGAUUCGUUUCGGGAUUCAAUUAGUUUCAUUUUCACGCUUCGGGGAGACGACCGACCGAAUCAUGGCCAUGGCACGUUGGUGGGAACAUCGUUGAAAUAUGACUCAAAUGAUUUGGGCGAUUCACAUGAAUGGAGUUGCAUUGUUGAUGGUAAACAUGGAAAUAGGUUGGAAAUUCUGGUAAAACCAGCCGCGAAUGCAGCUAUUGGAGAAUGGAAUUUUGAUAUUGAUACACAACUAAGUCAAGGUGGCGGCGCAGCCACAUUUAAAAGCCCAAACUCAUUUUAUAUCCUGUUUAAUCCAUGGUGCAUCGAUGAUCUGGUUUAUAUGGGAGACGUUGCUCAGCGCGAAGAAUACGUUUUAUCCGACUCAACGCUAAUUUAUCGGGGAUCAUAUAAUCGAAUGAGACCGACGAUCUGGCAGCUGGGCCAAUUUGAACGAAAUGUUCUUGAAUGCGCUUUGCUACUCAUAUCAACGAUUGGUAAAAUUGCGCCUGCAUUUCGUGGCGAUCCUGUGAGGAUUGCUCGAGCUCUAUCGGCCAUUGUUAAUUCACAAGAUGACGAUGGUGCUGUAAUGGGAAACUGGACCGAAGAUUUUUCGGGUGGAACAGCACCAACGAAAUGGGUCGGCUCUGUGGAAAUACUCCAACAGUAUUACGAACGGCGAAAACCAGUCCGAUAUGGUCAAUGUUGGAUUUUUGCUGGAACAUUAACAACAAUUGCUCGCGCGAUUGGCAUUCCAUCAAGAAUAAUUACAACAUAUUCGUGUGCACACGACACUCAAGCAUCACUGACCGUCGAUUACUUUGUUGACGAAAAUGGUAAAAUUCUGGAAGAAUUGAAUGCCGAUUCAAUCUGGAAUUAUCAUGUUUGGAAUGAAUUAUGGAUGGAUCGUCCAGACUUGACAAAUGGUUCAUUGACGUACAACGGAUGGCAAGCGGUGGAUUCAACGCCACAAGAAAUGUCCGAUGGGAUCUACCGUUGUGGUCCGUCUCCAGUGAAAGCUGUCAAAUAUGGUGAAGUUCUUCGUCCAUACGAUUGUAACUUUUUAUACGCCGAAGUGAAUGCGGACAAAUUGUUUUGGCUCUAUCGCGGUCCGUCUCAGCCGUUGAAAUUGAUGCGUAAAGAUACUUUGGCCAUUGGACAAUUGAUAAGCACAAAAGCUGUUGGCCGAUUUGAUCGCGAAGAUAUCACUAGCACAUACAAAUUUGCCGAAAAGACACAAGACGAACGCGAUACCAUGUUGAAGGCCUUGAAACAAGCGAACAGCGCAUUCUCAAGAUUCUAUUUGAAUGAAGAAUUCAACGAUAUUCACUUUAGCUUUAAUCUAUUGGACGACAUAAUAAUCGGCGAAACAUUUGUUGUGUUGUUGCAAAUAAAAAAUCGAUCAACACGUGACUCGUAUCGUGUGUCGGGUUCAUUGUUGCUUGAGUCAGUUCUUUACACCGGACGCAAUCGUGAUCGUAUCAAAUCGAUUGAUUUUGAUCAAAAAAUUCCACCCGAAUCGAUUGAGGUCAUUGAAAUGGAAGUGACAUUUUACGAUUAUUUUAAGAAGCUACUCGAUCAAGCGGCGUUUAGUGUUAGUUGCAUCGCCAAAGUACAUGAAUCCGAUUACGAUUACUAUGCUCAAGACGAUUUUCGAGUACGAAAACCAGAUGUUAAAAUCAGGUUACAAGGUAUACCUGAAGUUGAUAAACAAAUUGAUGUGGUACUUCGAUUAAUCAAUCCAAUGCCAGUUGCACUGAAAAAUUGCAUAUUUACCGUACAAGGCACGGGAUUGGAGCGCCAAAUACAGCUUAAGGUGUCUGAGGUGCCUGUAGAUGGAAUUGCUUUAGCUAGCUUCAAAUACGUUCCACCAUAUGCUGGUCGUCUUACGUUUGCUGCAAAAUUUGUUUCAAAACAACUCAAUGAUUGCGAUGGUUUCAUUGCUUUUGAAGCGGCACCACGGCCUAGUGAUGUUUAUGCGAAUGGACACCAUCGACCAAGGGACUUUGUUGUGCGAAGAACCAAUGUUAUACCAUAAACUGACCGUUACUUACAAAGCGUAAAUCAAAGGUUUACCUAUUUCUGCACGUUUUUCAAAGAUAAAAAAAACAUUCGGCUCAAUUCCCACCCAACUCAAUUAAUCUGCCUAAUAAUAAUAUAUAUAGAAAAAUG